AUGCCCAACUCCAACUCUAAAAUUCAUAGAGGUGGUCAGGAAGCUGGCAGGCGGGAGUUGGUUUCCAGGUCCUUGCAGAGUGCUCAGCAUUGCUUGGAGGACCAGGAUUUUGGGACUGCAUAUGCUCACUAUCUCCUGGUACUAAAUCUAGCUCCCGAGUUAAAAACUAGUGUCAAAGAAACAUUUCAGUUUACUCUCUUUAAAUGGGCAGAAGAGCUAGAUUCUCUGGCGCGGAUUCAAGAUCUGUUUAACUGUUACGAGCAAGCGCUUGAACUGUACCCGGAUGAUGAAGUGAUAUGUAAUAGUAUGGGAGAACAUCUUUUCAGAAUGGGCUUUCGAGAUGAAGCAGCUGGAUAUUUUCAUAAAGCAGUGAAGCUUAACCCAGAUUUUGCUGAUGCUAAGGAGAAUUUUUACCGCGUUGCAAACUGGCUUGUGGAACGCUGGCACUUCAUCAUGCUCAAUGAUACCAAGAGGAACCUUACAUACCUAAAAGCAAUUGAGAAUGCUGUCUGCUCAGGGUGCAAGUCUGUCCUUGAUAUUGGAACAGGAACAGGUAUUUUGAGUAUGUUUGCAAAAAAGGCAGGAGCAUCCUUUGUUUAUGCCUGUGAAUUAUCAAAGACGAUGUAUGAACUUGCUCAUGAUGUAGUGGCAGCAAAUAACAUGGAAAGAAAGAUUAAACUCCUGCAUUUGAAGUCCCUUGAUAUAGAAAUUCCAAAGCACAUACCUGAAAGAGUUUCCUUGGUUGUCACAGAAACAGUCGAUGCUGGUUUGUUUGGAGAAGGAAUUGUGGAGAGUUUGAUACAUGCUUGGGAACAUUUGCUUUUACAACCAAAGCCUAAAAAUCAAGAUGUCAGUACUGGAGACUAUGGCAGAGUUAUUCCUGCAAGUGCUACAAUAUUUGGGAUGGCAGUAGAAUGCAAAGAGAUACGUAGACAUCACAGAGUGGGGAUGCAAGAAAUUGCUGGUGUGCGCUUGUCAAAUUCAGUGCAUUUCUUUAGUCCAACAUAUGCUUCUGCUGGUUCAGAGGAAACUGUUGAACCUUACACCACCGAGAAGCUCAGUCGUAUUCCUGGAGGUUAUGUACCUCUGACAGAACCCUGUCAGGUAAUGACAGUGGAUUUCAACAAUCUGCAGGAGCUGAAAAACCUUGCAGCUAGAAAGCCCUGGAAGCUCAGCCUGCCAGUCACUGAAGGAGGAACACUAGAUGCUGUUGUGGUGUGGUUUGUGCUACAGCUUGAUGAUGAGCAUGCUCUAUCUACAAGUCCCAGUGAGGAAACUUGCUGGGAGCAGGCAGUCUAUCCUGUGCAGGGCCUCCCCGAUUAUGCUGUGAAGACUGGAGAUACAGUGCUGAUGGAAGUGUGCUGCCAAGACUGCUACUUGAAGAUCCAGAAGAUUUCUUCUUUGCCUUCGGAGUGUGGGAUGGACUUCAGUGACAGGGACGACACGCCGAGUCUGGGCAAUGAGGCUGAGUUGUGUAAUGCCCUGGCUGGUCUGCAGACAACCAGCAAACAGGAUGGCAGUGCUCAGGUGUGUGUGCUGGAAUCCACAGAAAUAGCCCUGCUAUACCACAAGUGCUUUAAAGCUGCCAUGGGCAAAGUGCUGUCGGCAUUAAAUCCAAGUAAGGACUCGCAGUCCAUGGACGUUGAUGGACAUGGCAGUGGGAUGAACCUCCAGGAGAGUCAAAACAAGAGCUUUCUAGAUGCAGCUCCUGAUCCUUUGUAUGUUUUAGAUGUAUCUGAGGGCUUCUCCAUCCUGCCAAUUAUUGCUGGCAAACUUGGACCAGUUAGAGCCUACAGUUCUGUUGAGAAAGAACAGCAUCAGGCAGCACUUAAUGUAAUUUCAGAAGCUAACCAUUUCCCUAAGGAAACAUUAGAGUUUUGGCUCAGCCACUUGGAAGAUGAAAGUGUGGUGCUUCAGAGACCCAAAUCAGACAAAUUGUGGAGUAUCAUUAUCUUGGAUGUUAUAGAGACAUCGGGUUUAAUCCAGCAGGAGGUGAUGGAAAAGGCUGCAAUAUCCAGGUGUUUGCUUCACAGUGGAGGGAAGAUUUUCCCACAGUACGUGUUGGUAUAUGGGAUGCUUGUAGAAUCAGAGUCUCUGUUACUGGAGAGCGCUGUUCAAGGAACAGAACCAACUCUUGGGUUUAAUAUAGCCCCGUUUAUCAACCAGUUCAAGGUGCCUGUUCGUGUGUAUUUGGAUCUCUCCACAUUACCAUGUGUACCCUUGAGCAAGCCAGCAGAGCUAUUAAGGCUUGAUCUCAUGAACCCUCUGUUGAACAGCUCCAGCAGAGAGGUGAAGGUACAAAUUUGUAAGUCUGGCCAAGUCACUGCAAUUCCCUUCUGGUAUCACAUAUAUCUUGAUGAAGAUCAUAGCUUGAAUACAUCUGAUGAGUCUUCACACUGGAAACAAGCUGCAGUUGUUCUUGAUGAGCCCAUCCAAGUUCAGGUUGGAGAUGAACUUAUGCUGGAUGUUCAACACCAUAAAAGCAAUAUUUGCAUUACAGUUAAAAGGUGAAGAAUGUAAAUCAACUUGUGGUUAAUUACCUAUGCAGAAAUUGAGUGUUCCUAACAUCACUGAUGUUAAUUUAUAUUAAAUUUUGUUCUGAUCAGA